UGAUUUUUGGCAAACAUGCUGCUGAACAAACUAAAUGCGCGCUCCAGCGCUCCGGUGCGACAGCUACAUAGCUUUAGUCGCCACACACCUUCUUCCUUCCGGAAACGGAAUAUCCACAUCGCGCACUUUCGCCAGGGUAUCUCAAUUGACCUGCACAACUCAAUUGUUCGGCUUCCGCUCGAGGGACAGGAGCUGUUGGGCCUUCGUAAGGACGAGCUGGUUAAGGACAGCGAGCUUAACACCGUGUAUGAGCAGCUUGUUGGCGCUGGCAUGGAAGCAGCUUACAGCGAAAGUGCUGUGAAUGGCAGACUCGAGGUGCUUGACUUUGUCCGCCAUGACUUAAUCACCAACAAGGGCCGUACCCGGGACAGCCGUCAGCUGGAUUUACCAUUGGAACUGCUCCCUGGGGCGCUCGCACUCAUGACGGAGGUGGGCCAGUGCCAGCUCGCACUUGACAUUGCUGCGGAGCUAUUGCGGACCGAAGAAGAUAUGCCGGAGGCAGUGCGGCGCGAUGUGUUGCUCAGCAUGGCGUUGGCAAAUUGCGGGCUGGCCGGCGAGAGCCUCGAGGGCAAAAGCUCGCAACAGCUCGCCCAGGGUUGCAAUUUCUUGGAGGCUGCUUUGCAAGCACUGGAGGCCGCAGGGGACCCGCCCCUUGCACCAGCUUUAGCAUGCGAAAUUCGGCAGGGGCUUACGGGCCUUCAAUUCCAAGGAGCUUUGGAGCUGCUGAGCGGGCCAACCGGUUCGGAUAGAGCGGCGGCCCGCAAGCGGGCUCUUCGCGUCGUGCGUGAUGCCUUGCGACCGCCGCCGCAAACGGGCCUAGGACUGGGCGGUGUCCGCGCCGCCGUAAGUGGGUCCGUGGGCGGGGUCGUGGCCACGACUGCCCAAAGCAGCCUGCUGGCUGGGCCUACAGUGACCUCGGAAUCCAUGGAAACCCUGAUGGGCGUGCUGACGUGUGAGGAGGUGGUGCACCUGCUUGAAUGGGAGCCAGUGGCCAACGACCCAGCCAUUUACAAAUGGAUUUAUCCAGGGCUGCUAGAAGCGGUCAGUGUGGCGCAUGUCGUGCACGGGUUCGUAUGUCGCCAACCCGCUUAUAUCAAGAUGGGGCUCGGGCUCGUGCAGCAACUACCAGCCACGCCGGACUUGCACGUGGUUGAGGGCGUGUGCCAUGUACUGCUUGGAGCCGUUAAUCAGGCAGCGGAGGCCCUGAAGCAAGCCGAACGAUUCAGGGGCAAGGGAGCCAGCGGUGACAGGCAUUCUCUUAAAGACUUAAAGCCAGCCUCUGGAGUACUGCCUGCGAGCCACGAUGCAUAUCGCUUUGUGGUGGGCAAGUCGGCAGGUUCGGACGAUGGGCUGCUGCCCGGACUGUGCAUGUUGACAGAAAGGUGGCUUACACAGGCGGCGUUCCCGUUCUUCCGCGACACCGCCGGCUCAGAGACACCCUCAGUGUCACUUGUCAAGUAUUUUGACGACACGCGCGUGGAGACUCUGCUGACCGUAUACGAUGCAAAGAGCGGGGGUCAACUGGCGGAGACCCUAAGCGAGGCCUUCACAUCUAUUAAGCGCGGUCUGCGGAAGGCUGCGGCGGCGGGACUGCUGGCGACGGCGGGCAGCUCCGGAGCCGGCGAGGCAGGAGACGCAGCCACGGGCUCGGUUCUCGCUGAGCGUAAGAAGAAGCUCCUCCGUGUGGUGGUUGGUGGCGCUGCACUCUUGGCGGCUGUCGGCGUGGGACUCCUCACCCCUCCAGGGCAACGCCUGCUUGCCAAAAGCAAUAGCGCGCAACUUGCGGCGGUACGGCAGCGGGCCGCGCCGCAGCCGUUAAUAAUCGCGCCGGAGGAGUUCGACGCGGCGGUUGCCAAGACGCUACUCGAGCGGUGGCAGAUCACUAAGGCACUGGCGCUGGGUGCGUCUCACGCCACGGAGCAGCUCGAUGUCCUGCUUGCCGAGCCGCUGCUGGGUGAGACACUGGACAAGGUUGCCACGCUGCGCAGCCAUGGAGCGCAUAUGCGAUUCAAGCUACUGCGACUCGAGGUGCUAGGCUUGCGGCGCAUGGCCCAAAAGACUGGUCCCGCUGUGCGUAUAAACGCGCAGCUGGAGGAAUCUGCGGACCUGCAUAAUGAUGCUGAUGGCAAGCCUGUGAAUACUUGCCGACGGACCUACGACGCUGAGUACACCGUUGUGCAGGGCAGGGACGGUGUCUGGAGGAUGACUAGCACUUUGGUCGUCGAGCGAGAGGCACGUGAUUAAUUUGUUAUUGAUUGAUAGCAGAGGUUGGCGUAAGAGGACUGGCGUAGUCGCAGCGAGCAACUUUUGGAUGGGGUCAACCGUAUGCAGGCAGUUGCAUAAAGAUUUAGGUUUCCCUGUUCAAUAGGCCCCCAUAUUUGACCGCAGGAUGAUGUAGCUAUAGAUACGCAUUUAUGUAUAUUUACACAUAUACAAGUUCCUGCUAAAUAUACUGGUGUUCAAACGACACGAUAUGAUCGUGGAAAUUGCGCAAAAAAUGUGUAGCUAUGCGCAUGUGUUAAACAAUUGUAAAUUCAACGUCAG